GUACAAAACGUCGGCAGGUAGUCGUGGGAGAUACAUACGUUGUACUUUGGUCGUUUAACUUAUGUUAUUGUGUCAUUGGAGCAAUAAAAGGUUUAAAGCAACUGUAGCUGUCACAUAUCAUGAUGAGGAUGGCCAUGUUGAGAGAGAGGAGGUGCAUUUGUCAGAAUUGGUUACUGAGGAUCAUAGAGGAAGCUGUUCUUUUAACAGUCCUGAUAAUUGUGGUGCAUUGGAAGGCCAUGAACUGGGAAUGGAACAAGAUAACAGUGAUCUUGAAAGUGAUGUUCACCAUGAUUGUGAAGAAUCAUCUUCUUAUUACCAGAAAGUUGAAAGAAAACAAAAAGCAUGGGAAAAUUUGCGACAUUCAAUUAUAAAGAAUACAUUUCAGUUUGCUGGCAAAAAUUGGAGCAGUCUGAAAUGUAUUCAUUGUGAUAAUGAAGCAAAGUUUAGGUGCAGUGAUUGUGGUCGAAUGGCAAAGUAUUGUGAGAACUGUAUGUUAAAGAUGCACACAACCAUAAAUAUUUGUCAUCAUGUUGAAAUAUUUAAGGUAACCUUUAUGAGCUAGAUAUUAUAAAAGUGUUUACAGUUAACUCUCUCAACACUUGCAACAAAAAAUGCAAAAAUAAAAUGAGAGUUUACAUUGUGAAACAUGCUA